CUGCGUCAUCCCGAAGCCUUUCCGGAUAGAAACAAACACUUACAGAGAGAGAGAGAGAGUGAAGAAAAAGGCACCCAACUUCACGAGCUCCUCCCCUCACCGCCCACUACCAUCAUCGUCGUCAUCAUCGUCAUAGAAUUCACAAACCCUAAAAAAAGAAAAGCUACAACUUUGUUGAUUGUUGGGGGUAAGUAAAAGCUUCACGGGCUCAAGCUCGAGCUCAUCAACUCCCCAUCUCUAUCUCCACACCAACCAACACAUCAAUAACUCAAUCGUGUGAUCCAUCUCGCGCCACGUCACAGUCUCGCAGUCGGGUUCUAGGUGGAUUUCAGUUAGGGUUUCAAUCGAUGACGGAUUCGAGCCCUUUUUUAGUCUGAUAAUGUGAGUUAAAGUCUGUUUAUUUGGAGUUUGAAGAGAGUUUUGUAAAGAUGGAUCGAUCUGCUUUGACAGUUGGUCCGGGCAUGGAUAUGCCGAUCAUGCACGAUAGCGAUCGGUACGAGCUCGUGCGAGACAUUGGGUCUGGAAAUUUCGGUGUGGCGAGAUUGAUGAGGGAUCGGCAGACCAACGAGCUUGUUGCCGUGAAGUACAUCGAGAGAGGUGAGAAGAUAGAUGAAAAUGUACAAAGGGAAAUCAUUAACCACAGAUCGCUGAGGCAUCCCAAUAUUGUUAGAUUCAAAGAGGUCAUUUUAACACCAACCCAUCUGGCUAUUGUAAUGGAAUAUGCAUCGGGGGGAGAACUCUUUGAGCGGAUAUGCAAUGCAGGGCGCUUUAGCGAGGAUGAGGCACGAUUCUUCUUCCAACAACUUAUAUCAGGAGUCAGCUACUGUCAUGCGAUGCAAGUAUGCCACCGUGACUUGAAGUUGGAGAACACACUAUUGGAUGGUAGCCCUGCUCCUAGGCUGAAGAUCUGUGAUUUUGGUUAUUCCAAGUCUUCAGUGCUGCAUUCGCAACCAAAAUCAACUGUUGGGACCCCUGCAUAUAUAGCUCCCGAAGUGUUGCUUAAGAAAGAAUAUGAUGGCAAGAUUGCAGAUGUGUGGUCUUGUGGGGUAACCCUAUAUGUCAUGCUGGUGGGUGCAUACCCUUUUGAGGACCCUGAGGAGCCUAAGAACUUCCGGAAGACGAUACAACGAAUUUUGAAUGUUCAAUACUCAAUUCCAGAUUACGUUCAUAUAUCUCCUGAAUGCCGCCAUCUGAUCUCCAGGAUUUUUGUAGCUGACCCUGCCAAGAGAAUAACCAUGCCUGAGAUCAGAAACCAUGAGUGGUUUCUAAGGAACCUCGCAACGGACUUUACGGAUGAAAACAUGAUGAAUAAUCAGUUUGAAGAGCCUGAUCAACCAAUGCAGAGUCUUGAUGAAAUUAUGGGAAUAAUUUCUGAGGCUACCAUACCCGCUGCAGGGGCCAACCGUAUUAACCAAUACCUGACUGGAAGCCUGGACAUCGAUGAUGACAUGGAGGAGGACCUGGAGUCUGAUCCAGAACUUGACUUGGAUAGCAGCGGAGAAAUAGUGUAUGCAAUGUGAUCGUGGCACGUACAUACUCAGGGUCUGGGGAGUUCUAAGAAGACCUGCUGCUGCUUUGACGAUUGAAUUCAUUGACUGGGUGUGAGGGAUGGAUAGGAGGGAGUUCUCUCUCUCUCUUUGCAAUUCAAGGGUUCUAUAAUUUGGGCUGUCUAAUUGUCAGGGACAAUGCAUGCUUCCCACUUUUCUCUUUUUGUAUUUACAACCUCCCUAGUGAAAUGCUCUUGUUUGUAUUUUGUUUUACCUUUUGGAACUGGCAGUAUAUGUACUCAUAAUGUACUUAUCCCACAACUAUGUAAUAUUAUGUGACCUAAUGCUUUCCCUAAA